UUGUGUACAAAAAAAAGGGAAAAAGUGAGAAAUACCGAAAACAGUAUUAAAAGUUAAAAUGGUUUUUAAGAUUUUUAAUUGUGAAAUGUACUUAGAAUUUAUUUAAAGAAUCAUUGAUUUGAUAUUAAAUCAUUGAUUGUUAUAUUGAAUAAGUCAAGUGCUUUAUAAUAGUUAAAAGAAUAUUGAAGGAGUCGGUGACGAGUGAUCAGAAUAUUUUUUUUUUUUGAGGUUAUUUAUAGGAAUAGAAGGAUUUCACAACUACCAAGAUGCACUUAUCAACGAACGAGAGUCGCGAAGACGUGGCCUGUUCAAUUAGAUCUCUCCUGAUGACAUAUCAACAUGGCGUGACGGUUGCAAUGCUAGUGAGAGAUUAUGAAGAAAUUGAAUGUACCCGAAUUCCAUUUGAUAAAUUCAAUUGUCCAUCCUUACUCGUCUUUCUAAGACAACUCAACAAUUACGUGCGGAUUGAAAGAAAAGACGGACAAACACUCCUCUAUCCCGUGGAAUGCGAAAAAUCGAAACAUAUCGCCGAACUGGUAAAACAUCAAAGAUCAAAGAAUCCAAACAGAAGAAGAUUCCAGAAGCCGUAUCUCAAUUUUUGCGCCAACCGACCACAGGUCAGCAUCAAUCAACAUCUCCUAACGCAAUUGGUAACCUGUAUUAAUCUAUGUCCACACGGUUUACCUGUUAAUCACGCUAUCCAAUAUAUAAAUCAAUACAUCCAUCCUCUUCAAAUUACGAGACCUGAAUUGGAACACCAGUUGAAAGCACUGUCUCAUUUGAUAGCAAUUUACGGAGAUAAUAUAUAUCCAAUACAUCAGUUUCAAACUUUUGCUCAACAAUACAUAAACUUCAGUUAUGCUUACAAUCAAAAUAGUCAUUGGACUAUGAACCGAAAUAAUAAUAUUCCACAGAUUCCGACCGCCAAACCUAAUGCUGAACGAAUACCAUCACUUUUUGAACCACUUAAAUUAGUUGAUCAAUCUUCGAACAAAAUUCCCCUGAUUGUGAAAGGUACCAACAACGUUUACAAACCAAAUGAUAAAUUAAAAACUCAAAGUACUGAAGUUACGCAAAAUGAACAAACAAAAAGUAAUCCUCGCAAAAAUGUUCCCGCAAAUUUACAAACUAGCGAAAUAUCAAAAGUCUGUGAGGAAAAAAAGGUUAUCAAAACUGACAUUCGAGAAAACGAGUCUACGAGUCAAGCAGCAAAGAAGAUAGAGAAAGAAGAGGACAUAAUCGAAUCGGACAGGAAUAUCACAAGAUUGACACAAAUCAAACUAUUGAAACUGAUUCAUAAAUAUCCGAACGGAAUUUGGUGUUCCGAACUUCAGCUAUUGUAUCUCCGGGAAUAUAACACACCAUUGACUUUCGAAAAAUCUGAAUAUUCCAGCCUCUUGGACUUUGUUUCGAAUUUACCGAAUAUAUUCCAUUGCGUGAAACCCUUGAACGAGAAACGUUACAAAUUAUUUAACGCUAAACAUUCUAUACCACAUUUGAAAGGCGGUACCAGUUAUCUAAACGAUCUUCCCCUCGAACUAGAUCUAGACGAUUUUAAAACAUCACUACUUAAAGAAGUAAUGGGAAUCGAAGAUACCGUAAAACACACAAGUGUCACGAAAUUUCAAGAGAGUAGUAAUCAAAAAAAGCAAUACGAAGAAAUUCUAGUUUCCAAUGUUAUUUCACCAAGCUUCUUCUGGAUUCAUUUGUGUAAAAAUUCAACGGACUUCAAAAAGUUUGUGAGUGAAUUGAAGAAUUUCUACGAGAGUAACAAUUCAAAGUAUAAAGUUCCGCUUACUUUGCUUCAAAGAGGAUUGAACGUAGUCUGCUUUUUCAAGGACAGAUGGAAUCGAGGAUUAAUCAAGGAGGUUUCUGGCGAUUCGCAAAUAACAAUCUCGUUGUACGAUUAUGGAAUCGAGAAGAAAUUCUUUCCGGAUGAAAUUCACUUUUUACAUAAGUCAUUCUCGAAUUUCCCUGUUCAAGCAAUACCGUGUAGUUUGCACAAUGUGAAACCAUAUAAAUCAUCAAUGUGGAAACAAGAUGUCAUAUGGCAAUUUGUCUCGAAGACGUCGUUUCCCUUAAUUGCUACUGUGGAAAAUAUUGAUCUCGAGGAAAAUCAACUUUCUGUUGUUCUAACCGAUACGAGGACUGAUGAAGAUUUUCACAUCAACGACUGGUUGUGCAGUGAAAAGUUCGGCGAGCCUGGAAAGUAUUCUCUGAAAAAUAACAAUUUUCCCUUUUCCCAUUACAAAGAUUGUUUGAAGCAAAAAGGUUAUUGUUCACUUUCUCUCCAUUAUACUAAAAAUGAAGAGGAUGAAACUGCUCGUGCUGAUAUUGUUCCUGCGGAAACUAUUCCUAACGAAUCAGGAAAUACGAGGUUAGAAAAAUAUCCGCAACGUUUAGAGAAUUUAUUGGCUUCUUUAGUAAAAUCGAAUAUUUCCGAAGACACUUUACCACCAUUGAAAAAAAUCCCAAGUGUCUCGGACGAUAACAGUAUUGUUGAGACUUCAGAAAAGUCAAAAAAACAUUCGCAUCGUUUAGAGAAUUUAUUGGCUACUCGCGUAAAAUCGACUAUUUCCGAAGACACUUUACCACCAUUGAAAAAAAUCCCAAGUGUCUCGGAGGAUAACAGUAUUACUGAAACUACGAAAACUCCCAUUUGCUCCAGAUUGUUAUUACUUCAAAGACUAAACAAAAUAAGCAGUUCAAAUUGCAAUGUAAUUGAGCAAAAUGGGAAAAAUCAUGAAGAUAAACCUUCGAGUUCAAAGGACGAUUCAAGAUCUGUAAGUAAUUAUUCAAAUUCAGUGUCUUCGUUGGACGGAUCUUUCAAAGGAAAAUCUUCGACAGUGUCUUCGAAAGAAUCUACAAAACAACCCGAACUAGAAAUCCCUUAUUUCGGAACAUUCGCCAGUGAAUGCGGAGGAAGAGGAAAAAUGGAAAAAAUAAAUUGGCAAGAGGUUUUACAACCAAAAAUUACUGUUGAGAAACAACAACAAAAAAGUGAAAACAACAGUUCUGAAAAUAACAUUCAAAAAAAUAUUGUGGAGCAACAAGAAGAAUUAAAAGUUAUCCCUCCGCUAAUACAAAGAUUACUAAAAUUACAAAGUAAACAAAAAAGAACAUAAAUUCAAAUUUUAUUUUAAUUUUGACAGUAAAUUUUUACUUUUCACAAUUUUAAAAGAUAAACGAACUAAAUGCAUUAGUUUAUUCGAAAACUUCAUUUUUAUUUAAUUUUUAAUUUUCGAAAUAUUGAAAUUAAAAUUUAUUUCUUAAAGUAUUUUUUCCGCU